AUGCUGAGGAGGAAUAGAUACAAGAAGGAUAAGUCUGGUGUACUUAUUGGAAAGGUGGAUACAUAUGACAAAAAAGAUGAUGAGCUUAUCAUGGAGACAAGCAAUGCUUUUGAAGUGCUAAAUGAUAUUGAGGAGAACAAGCAAGAUGCUAUGGCAGGCAACACAAGUAAUCAAGUGGAUAAACAAAUGAAAGAAAUUGAAGAAACAUCAAAGAACUGGCAAAAUUGGACUCCAAAUCCAAAUGGCAAACAACAGCAACAAGGAGAGAGAUCAAAUCAACAGUCAGUACCAGUUCUUACCAGCAAUAAGUUUGCAACUUUAGAUGAUAGUAAUGAGCAACAGUUGGAAGGUGAAUUAUGUAAGUCACAAGCAGUGGAGCAAAGGGAGAAAUCCAAUCAGCAUAUAUUACCAGUUACCCCCAACAAAGAUAUUGCAAUGAAAGAAGUACCUGCCCAGAAAGAUAAGCAAGAUGAGCCUCACAACGCAGACAAUUUUCAGAAUGAAGGGCAUCAAAAAGAAGUAAAUGAGGAAAGCUUCAACAACACUCAUAAAUCUGAUGCAAAGAAGGAUGGAAACGAAGCAGAUGCACAGAUUAGUGAAGAAACACAACAUAGCAGUAACACAGAAAAUAUAGUCAAGCACACACCUGAGAGAGCAUCACCACCUAGUUAUUCAUUUGAUAGUCAUGCUGUAAUAUAUCAGAGCAACGUAAAUACAAAGCAAGCAAGGAAGGAACAUAUGCACAAGACAGGUAACAAUGAAGGUGAUAAGAUGGAGGACCAAGAAAUUGGUAAAACUAACAGGGAGAUGGUAAAGUAG